UCUUGAGAGCUCGGCUCUCAUCCAAAAUCCUGGAUCCCAGUCGCGAGCGCGCCGCCGAUAGAAAGCAUUCGGAGGAGCGAGGACGAUCACGGUCGCUGACCUGACUGCCACCCGGCGAGAGUCCACCCUCUGUCGCGCUCCCUCUCUCGCGCUCUCCCUGUCUCGCCCGCGGAGCCACAAGUUAGAAUCCACGAGGAACACCGGCCGGCCGGUUCCAUCAUCUUCGUUGCUCCUCCUGGAACCGUGUCUAACCUGGUCACGAAACAGCGAAACAGUUUCGACGACAGGCUCAAGACUUUCGGGGAUUUGUUCUUUCGCGAUGUGGUUCGUGGACGUUCGUCAGGAUGCAUCGGCGAGUGACGUUUGAUGGGUGAAGUUUGAGUUUAGAGAGAGGAUUCGCGGUGCAUCGCGCAGGUUUUAGAAGGUGGAUGAGCUGGUUCGUUAAGGUGGAUCAGAAGGUUUGCGGGCCAAGUCACUUGCAGCGUGUCCAUUGUUCUGCAGGCGGAGGUUGAAAGCGUUGCAACUGGGAGGGAACAUUCUUCGGGGAAGAAACGACGCACGAACCUCGGUAAAUCGGAAUCUUCGACCCAGAAACGGGGAGUUGGCGCAGCUGGUACGUGUGCUGAUACGUCGUAUAACGUCAGAGCGAUCCUGAUCGGUGCACGUGUUCACGCAACGAGACUACGUUUGAAGAGCACCACCGAUGAACAGAGCUUGUCGUACAAAUGAUUAACCCAGCAUCGUCAAGCUCAACCAACAGACAGAAAAGACGAUAUUCAGCGUAACAUGAGCUUCGCAGAAACGACUUGUUGAUGACGUUAUGGGGUGGAUCUUCCUUGCCAGUACUUUACUCUUUUGCUUAUGCGCGGCGGGACUGCCGUUGCCACAGGGCGGUGGCAGCGCGGCGGGGGGCCAUGGACAGCCGCAGGCUGGUUCGCCGAGCACCCCGGGCCCCGGCGGUGGCACAGCUGGCAGUGGCGCGAGCAGCACUUUUAGCGCCGCUGGCGGCAGUGCCCCUGGACCUGGCACCGGCGCCGCCGUUGGAAGCGGCGCUGCUGGUUUCGGUGUGACCGGGGGAAGUACCGGUGGUGGGGCCGGUGGUGGUGCCGCCGGUGGUGGUCCAAGUUGGUCCGGAGGCCCGACUCGUCGGGGCCGAGGGUGGCGCGACUGGCGCCGCGGCGACCCCACGCUGAUCAAGGGACUCUGGAAGUCGAAGGGACCUCUAGAUUCCUUAGGCAAGGCGGAAGUGUACAUCUUCUUAGCGCUGCUGAUCGGUUUCGUGACGGUGGUGGUGGGCUGUUGGCUGUCGGACAACUGUUGGUCCCCGGAACCGGAAGGGGUGGUGACCCUGGCAUAGCCUAGUGCAGACUUCCGUUCAUCCAGGCGAUAACAACUAGUACGCGGGCCCUCCUACAGGAUUCUCCAGGACUUGGUCCAGCAGAACCGACGACCGUUGCUGGACAUCAACGACAACCACACGAUGCUUCCACCCGUAUGAACAACGUCACCUUAUGCACAAAAGAAAACACCUUUUGCCAUUAAACCAUGGUUCGCCGCCAUUACGAGCAGCGUGCGGCCGAUCGAAUAUCGCCCCGUUCUGUAAUAUCGUAUAAUGUCGUGGUUUCGCCACCGAUAAAGGUACUCGACCGUAAAUCCAAACGUUCAUCGAAAUAUCGACAUGCCUCCGUGGGGUGCAGCUAGGGCUGUGCCAUGAACCUAAAACGGAUUACCGAUUGCGUCGACGUCUUUUUUUUCUCGACUCUUUUUUUGUUUCUCUUUCGUUUUGUCAUUGCUCUCUAGGGGACGUCGACGUUUCGUACAAGAGAAGUUUUUGAUAAUUAUUCGGAAUAUAACAUUGAAAAUCGUCAAGGUCCGUAUCGUGAGUAAUCUUUUCCUGCGUAUGUAACGCCCCUUGGAUUUAGUUUCUGAGACGCUCGCAAUGGAUUUCAGUUGAUUGCUAGUUAGGAUUACGCUACGUUGUGACAUAGAUGGGCAUCUUUAUAUAGCUCGAUCUAAACUUAACGUGUUGACGAUAAACACUUUUUGAUAUACGUAAGAGAGGUGAUAUGUCAUUGAGUUAUAGAUCGGGCUGGAUUAAUAGAGAGAUUCCGAAAUAAUUCCAACGCAAGACUGAAUUGUUUUCGGUUCUAACGCUUUGCUCUUAUUUUUAGUUGCUUGAAAUUGUAAUCAAUAUAAGCAAUCUCGUUAACAAAGCUAAACUGUAUUUAGAUACUACAAGCGUGUAUACUAUUAAACAUAGUAUAUUAAACGUAAGUUAUAUCUUGAAAGUUAAAGCUGACCGGCAGUUAUGUGCAUAGGAAACGGUUACUGUAAAUGUUCAUUCGGACAGUAUAUUUCAAGAUGAUCGAGAUCGAUCAGGUGCAUCCUGUUCUGAAUAAUUAUCGAAGUUUUCACAAGCAGAAGGAUAAACCGGAAGGAAACAGUAAUUGAGCGAAAUUGGAGAGUACACCAUGUGGAAUUACGCUCGAAUUAGAUCACGCACACAGCCACUUUGUUCGUCUGUGAGCUAUAAUUCGCUCGUUAACUCGAUCAACACUUAAUCGUCGUCAUAGGGACGCGACAAUAUUCGGGCGUAGUUCCAUCGUGGAUUCGAGCUUCCGGUUCGAAGGAUACUCGUGAAUUAGCGGGCUAAUUCGCGGGCUCGUUCAAUGGUUGGUUGAGGCAUAUAGGUGGUGGAAACUUAGAAUAGAAGUUUUUGAAAGAACAAUUGAUUAUGCAGUUUGAGGUGUAGUAAGGGGUUUUCUUUGUGUGGGUGGUUUAAUGCGCUUUUUAUGGGUAUGGUAAGAUGUGGUUGUGGUCACGUAAAUUUUGGGGAAGUUGAAGGAAGAUGGUGAAGUUUUGAUCGAUCCUUUUUCUCUCUUCAAAGGAGGAGGAAUUUCAACGACGACUGUAUGUCGAAAUAUGGGGUAUCAAAUAGGAUGGUCCGAAAAUAUUUCUUAUUGGACAUAUUGGAAGUCCAUAAAACCGAUUAUUUCGAAGCGAUAUAAUUUUUUAUUCCAAAAAACAUGACACAUAUACAUCGAGAUAUUGUGACAUAACAAUCGAGAUAUUGUAACCAUAUGAAAUUCUUUCGAAUUCUUAUUUUAGGAUACUCAUUUAUAUCGUUGGAGGAGGUAAUCAUUCGAAUAGUACAAAUACUCAGGAUAAAAGCUAAGCUUAAUUCUAAUUUUCGUUGUAAUUGAUAGAAUAGAAGAAUAAGAGUUACCAAAUACAAAUUAGGUAUUCUUCGAUACCCAGCUUCACAAGAAAAGACACAGCCACGAUUAACACAUUCGCUGUUAUUAAAAUACUCAUCCUUAAGGUAGCAUUUUUUCCCUCAUUACAAAUUUAUUUAUUUUAAUAACAAUGAUCGUUCUGAUUGUUCACGGAUUCAUUUACCCCUGUUAAUUAUUUUAUUGGAACACACGGAAACGCUAAUGUAACAGUUGUGUCGAUAAAAUUAUUUAAAUAUCUAAAUCAACGUAUGUAUGUUACUAGCUGCGAAUGCGUUAAAUUCUAAGACACGAAGCUAGAUUAACAUCAUUAUUAAAAAAACAAGAGAACCUUUCAUUUUCAUAUGUUUCACGUAUGAACUCUUCAUUCUCCAUUUCUCAGCUUCAGCCGAUAUAGAAUCGAUCAACCUAAAUCUUAUCAUACCCAUAACGUCAUUAACGUUCGAUCAUCACCAUCAAUCAGCUUACUAAUCACCGACAUACACCUUCUUGUUACAUAAACGCAACGGUUUUCGAUCAUAAUCAUACGCAAAUUUUGGAAUCGAAGAAGAUUCUCGCGAAUUGGCGGGCUAAUUCGCGUAGACCUAGUGACGUGUGGACAGGGCGCGUGCUCGUAGACAGCGCAGUGGUCGCUUUGAGGCUCGUAGUUAGCUGAAUUCCCAAAAUGGGUCAAUAAUUUCAUUUGGAGCCUGGAUAAUGGGUUUCGAUAUUGACGUCAGGUUAGGUCUAUCGAGACAGAACUAACGGAGGAGAAGAGCAGAAGAACAGAAUAGUUGGAGUGCGAUUUACUUCGUCUUAAUCGCCGCCCGUGAAAAUUUACCGACUUCGUUGGACAAACUUAAUGGCGGCGGAUGAAACACGCGAUAUGAGGCUUUAGGGGCACCAGGGUCCUGGCCUUCGAACUUUAUUUUUGCCAGCCUCCUCGCAAAUUGUACGAAAUGGCCCACACGAGAGUAAACGAUCGUUUAAAGCUGCAUUACGGUGCGAACCUUUUCUAUUCUGUCUCGGUGUAUACUGGAUCCCGUGAGUGCUCGAACGUUCCUCGGAUUAUAAUGAACAACAAGAUGCUGGAAUUGUAUCGAAAUGUAAUAAGCAGACUGCGGAUAUCAAUGCAUUCAUAUUUGGAUCAAUACGAUUGGAAAAGUGGAACUGGGGAAAAUUGUUUUAUUUACGAAAUAUUAUAGACAGCAUCGUGCUUUGGAUAUUUUAUAUAUUUUUGCAUAUUGUGCGGAUUUUGUGAAUUAUUCACCUUCAAGUCUCCUGUAAUUGCAUAAGAACCCGCAGUUUAAAUUGCGAACGUUUGUGCAAUUCGAUACUUUUAUAAAUACAACGAUGAAAAAUGAAAAUACUUUGAAUAUUAAAUAGAAGCUCGUUUCGCCUAUCGAAUAUUAUAGCCAGCAAUUUAUUAUAUUUUUCUGUAUAUUUUAUAUAUAUAUAUGUAUGUAUUAUACAGCUGGAUACAUUGCGUGUAUUUUGUAAAUUUUUCCACCAUGCAAUCGCUCAUAGAUGCAUAAAUAACCGCAAUCGAGUCAAUUGAUCACUCAAUUGGACUUUAUUGGUGUUUGAUCAUCUGUUUCGAAAUGAUGGUAAUAAUCGUGUGCAUAGCGAUAUUAAUGUCUGGUAAAUUUUGGGAUGCUGUUUACUUGCUAAAUCGAAAUACUAACUUUGGGAUGGUCAACCGAUGUAUUGGCCGUUUUAUGAUUACGAGAGGCUGUGUCGAAUGUUGAUGUUAAUUUCUAAUUAUCUCUAUGUCAUUCAAUCAUUCAGGGAUGUAACUUAUAUCAAUGUUCUUAAAAUAUUCUUGCUAAUUAAUUAUAGGAAGGAGGGUAAUAAAUUUGUAUAUAAUACUUUAUAAUAUCAAUGUAGUAUAGUAAUUUUAUGAUGACAUUAUUUUGUUGGUUAAGAGUGAAUUGAAGUAAUCAUUUUGAAAGUCGAUUUAAAGUAUUGGCGAGAAUUAAUUUUGCGAAGGAGGAUACAUGUACAAUGGCAAUCAUGUUUAUAAUUUUAGAACAUCGUCUCGUCGGUUGAUUAGAAAGUGCAAACUAAAGACAGAUUAAGAUGCUAACGAAAUACUAAGAAAUUGAACUAUUAAUUUGGAUGGAAUCGAUCGAUCUUCUAGCCAUAGUACGAAAACUCGUACAAGUGUUCAAGAUCGGUGAUAAUUUCUUGUCCUCUCUGCCAUUCAGUUGUUUAGAGAGAGUAAAAUACGAAGUAUAAAAAUACGGGAGGAAAAAUUGUAUUAAAUAUAUAACAUUAAUCAAAUAAAGAUGAGGGAGAAAUGGAAUAUUAAUUUAAAACAAUGUACAUAUUUGUAUGAUACGAUUGUGAUACAAGUAAUUCGGAGAAAUAAUGCUUAAUAUAAUUCAAUGUAAAAAAAAUUAAUUAUAAUCAAAUUAAUCAAAAUUUAGGAAAAUUGUUUGACUCUAAGCGUUUGGAAAUCUUCAGUAUGUAUUAUGUACCAAUUAUGCACAGUUUGUUCAUCGUAAUUCUUCAUUGUAAACGUUCGAGCAUUUCCGCGAUCUCACACAAUUGUUUAUUAUAAUAUCAACUUUAAUAAUGAAUUGUCACACAUUUCGUAAAUAAAACAAAGACCAAGUUUGUAUCCAUGUAAAUUCUGUGCGUAAGAUAGUUUAAUAAUAUUUAAUUAUGGAAACGUUUAUUACCUUUUCAGUCACAUUCAACAAGCUGUUUCAAUUCAAGAAGCUAAACGAAAUCACAUCAAUUAUUAUGAAUGAUUAUCGGUUAUGUUAAUGAUUGAACAAUUACUUUACUUUUUAAGUCGUUUUAUAAAUUUUCCAUUUUGCCAAUUUUCUACAAGGAUACUAAAACAAUGCUGCACUAUCGAAAACCCAACUAUUCGCAAAUAAUCGCCAUAUUUCCCAUAAUCAUCUUAAUCGCUAAACUACGUUCAUUAUCAUUCGUACACUUUCUCAAUUUUUUAAAUACUAUGAAAACAACACUACAAAAUUAAAAACAGUAAUAUAUACACUCACUACUAUUCAAUAAUUUCUCCAACAUUGUAAAAUAUCUGAAAAUAGUCCCACAAAAUCGACGAUCUGAUUUCGAAUUUCAUAAAAAUGUUCCAUCAAAUCCACAAGCGAUCGCCGCGUUUCGCGUUAUCAUUACGAUCAUUAAAAUACACUUACCAUCGAUUAGUUAUUUUAUAAAUUGUCUAAAACAAUCAAAGACAAUGAUACAGGAUCAGGAUCGUGGUCCAAUUAUUUAACAAAAACAUUCUAUUGAAACCACGAGCGACCAUUAAAAGUGCCAUUAUCAAUUUUAGUUGAAUGUCAAAAUGUAUCAGUGUUAUAAAAUUGAAAACCGAGAAUCCAAUUAUUUUAGAAAAAUAUUCCAUAAAAUUCAAAAGCCGUGGUGAGGUUUGCCAUCGUCAGGAAUUAAUCGUCGAAAAUUAAUCGUCGAAAAUUGCUAGAAGAAACGAUUUUCGAUAUAAAAGAAAAACGCAAUUUCACCGCAGAGUAGAAGCUACACGUUUAAUUCUGUCUCCGUUAAUUUUCAUCAGACAAGAAUUUAAUAACCGUGGAAGGGAACGCGAAGCUUUCGGAUAUCGUUCGCAAUGAAAGCUGUUGGAAGGUGCUUUGUGCUUUGCGACCGAUCGGGCAAAAUUUACGCACAUAGUGCAUAUAUCGCUGGCCCGUGUUUGAAACUCAAUCUUCGAUCGGUGUCACAGCGGUAGUACCGUGUGUCUUCGAAUUAUGUACGCGGUGGCGAAUUAAUCGUGACAUAUUCAUGCACCUGCGCCACCCUGGUGCACGCAUGCCACUACUGCUCGUUCGAUCGACCAGAUUUAUGGGGUUGUACCGUUUUCAAGCUCGUUUUCAACUACA